AAGGUCCCGUGUCAGAAAAAAAGCAAUCUGCCUCCUCUCCUUUGCAAAUCUCUGAAAGGAUGUUGGAAGGGUCCCAUUAGGGAAGGCGCAAUGCAAUGAAAGGAACCUGCCAACUGGCCCCCCACAUCUGGGGCCACGGGCCUUGGCCCGCUGGGAGAAGCGAAUCAGGUCCACCAGGCACUGCUUGGCAGCUUUCUCAGGUGGAAGUUCCUUCACUCAGGACCUCUCUGGAUAUUUGGUCCAUAAUGAGGAGGUGGAGUUUGUCCGAACCGGCUAUGGGAAGGAUAUGGUAAAAGUUCUCCAUAUUCAGCGAGAUGGGAAAUAUCAUAGCAUUAAAGAGGUGGCAACUUCAGUGCAACUUACUCUGAGCUCCAAAAAAGAUUAUCUGCAUGGAGAUAAUUCAGACAUCAUUCCCACAGACACCAUCAAGAACACAGUUCAUGUCUUGGCAAAAUUUAAAGGGAUCAAAAGCAUAGAAACUUUUGCAAUGAGCAUCUGUGAGCAUUUCCUUUCCUCUUUUGACCAUGUCAUCCGAGCUCAAGUCUACAUGGAAGAAGUCCCCUGGAAGCGUCUUGAAAAGAAUGGAGUUAAGCAUGUCCAUGCAUUUAUUCACACUCCCACUGGAACGCACUUCUGUGAGGUGGAACAGAUGAGGAGUGGACCUCCAGUCAUUCAUUCUGGAAUCAAAGACCUCAAGGUCUUGAAAACGACCCAGUCUGGAUUUGAAGGAUUCAUCAAGGACCAGUUCACCACCCUCCCCGAGGUGAAGGACAGGUGUUUUGCCACCCAAGUGUACUGCAAGUGGCGCUAUCAUCAGUACAGAGACGUGGACUUUGAUACUACCUGGGAUACUGUUCGGGAUAUUGUCCUGGAGAAAUUUGCUGGACCCUAUGACAAAGGCGAGUACUCGCCCUCUGUCCAGAAGACCCUCUAUGACAUCCAGGUGCACUCUUUGAGCCGGGUUCCUGAGAUAGAAGAUAUGGAAAUCAGCCUGCCAAACAUUCACUACUUUAAUAUUGACAUGUCCAAAAUGGGAUUGAUCAACAAAGAAGAGGUCUUGCUACCAUUAGACAAUCCCUACGGCAGAAUUACUGGAACUGUCAAGAGGAAGCUGACUUCGAAGCUGUGACAAAGUAGCUACCAUUGCCAGGAGCCUACUCUCAAUUGAGGAUUUCCUUCAGCCUCUUGCGAUGCUGGAAAUCAUAGCAUUGUAACCAUGCAAAUUUUCAAACUAGUAUGUUGAUUUAUAGUGUUAAUUUUCCUCCUGUAUGAAAGAAUUCUUCUGCUCCUAGCUCAGCAAAGUGUUUUGUGAUUAGUAAUUAUAACAUGCUUUAUGGAUGCAGUUUACUUUACAAAUGCUACACGGUAUUAGAACAGUCAUAAAUCAAGAUUUCUUUUUAGUCGUCUUGUGCCUUCCUAUCUUUGAGAAGCUUUAGAAUCAAUUCACUAAGAAAAUAAUCAUGAAUUAAUGGAUGUGUCAUAUCAAUUACUUUGUGCACAAGUUCAAAAGUAAGCACUGUUUUCAUCCUACUGAUGCAAAAACUGCUUUUGGGUACUGCAGAAAAUAUAACGACAAAAUCAUCUUUUGAAAACUUUCACCACUGUGACUUCAAUUAGACUGAAUAUUUGGAUUUCUAAGAAUGCUCUAGCAUAUGUAUCACUGGUAAUUUAUUUAUACUCUAAAAAUACUUUUAUAAUCUUAAUGUAUUGGUUUUAUGACUUUUACAACUCUUAGAGAAUAUAUAUAGUACACACUGAAAAAAAGUAUAACUUAUUUUUCUUUGAAUAAGGUCUCACUUUGGCACAAAGAACCCAUCUAAUAAGUGCUGAGUCAAUAUACCAAUCAAUGAAUAUACAUAUAGAAAGAAGACGACACUCUAUACAAAUAUCAGUGAUGAUGAUUUCUAGAUUGUGGGAUUAGGAGUGAUUUUUAUUUUUUGCCAUGUGCUUUUCUGAAUCUUCCAUAUCUGAACAUUUAGUACUUUUAUAAUCAGAGAAAUAAAUAUAAUUGAUGAUUUAAAGAUA